AAUCAAUCAAUCAAUUCAAUUGCUUGAAUUGUCCAAUUGUUAUCUUUAGAAUCUAAUAAAUGUCGGAGCUUAUUAGUUUGACCGUCAGGGUUUGUGAAUUUGUGUUAGCAGUGAUUGCUUUGGGCCUCUCUGCAUCUUUUAUUCAUAUUAUUGGUUAUGGAUAUGGUAGAAUUAUUUAUGUUCUCGUUAUAUCUAUCCUCACAAUAUUGUAUCUUAUUCCAGUUACCUUAUUGUGCAUUUUGAGAUUGAUUCCAUUUUUGGUUAUUUAUCUUUCUGAACUUGUUUUCUUUAUUUUAUGGUUGAUUGCUUUUGCUCUUGUAGCAAAUGAUUUCGGUAACUUUGGAAGUUGUACAACUGAUGGUAAUACCUUAGAAUGGUGUAGAGAAGGUAAAGCAUUAAUUGCAUUCACUUUGUUACUUUGGUUAAAAUUUGCUUUUUCUUUGGUGUUAACUCUGGCAUUCAGUCUUAUCCCUCUUUUGUCACUGUCGGAUAGUAUAUUUUCUGUAGUUACUUUAACUUCAAACAAUUUCGUUAGGGGUGGAAUUUUUCUUAAGGGUGACUGUCAAAGGAAAGAUCUGAAGAAAGAUCUAGAAGCUGCACCUUCAGAAGAAAAAGAGAUUGAUGUCUCUAACGAAGAUAUUAAUCAUACUGCUCUCGAAGAAGUUUUACAUAUCCAAGAAGAAGAAGGAGGAUCUUCAGAUAUUAACCAUGAUAUUUCAAGUUCAAGAGAGAUAAUUAUUUCUUGA